CCCUCAUUCGAAGUUCAGUUGUAGUUUGAGUUACAGUAAAGAAACUCUCGGCCAGAAUGAUAGCAGCAUGGUUUUUGUUUGUUGUUGUUUCUUCAUCUAGUGAUUUUGUUCUAGAUCCGGUAUUAGGUAAAGAAAUUUGGCAAGCUCCGGGUUGUCACAAAGUUGGUCAUACUAGGAAAAUUAGUAUACCAAACUGCGUGGAAUUUCAUAUGACGACUAAUGCCUGUCGAGGAUUUUGCGAAAGUUGGGCUAUUCCUUCUCUACAGAAGACUACGCCGACUCAACCAAUCACAUCAAUGGGCCAAUGUUGCAAUAUAAUGGAAACAGAAAAUGUGUCAGCCAGAGUUUUGUGUGUUGAUGGAAUAAGGACGGUUACUUUCAAAUCGGCUGUCACUUGCUCUUGUUAUCAUUGUAAGAAAGAUUAGAUUUCGCAAUUGGUAUAAUUAACUACUCCAUUAUUAAAUGAGAUAAUUAUAUAACAUGCAUUAUUGUAAAUAUAUUGUACUGACUGACUAA